AACGGAUCAAUUUCAGGUGAGAAAUUAAAACACCUAUUUUACCAAAGGUGUUUGUAUAGUUCUCUCUACAGUAAGCGUUGUCAGGGUAAUAGUGUUUGACCUGAGUCACUCUUAUGUCGCGGUUUUACUAUAUUCGAACAUUUUCAAGCCAAUGUUUUCCAGUAAAGGCUAUUCUCACAUCGACAACCAUCAGUCUGCAAAAAUAUUUUGCCCAUGCAUAGCAACGAAAAUUGUUUGAAUUCAUCCACAUGGUUCUCGCGGAAUGAUUCGUCGAGCGUAAAUGCCCUUUUACACCCCGAAGACCAUUUAACAUCCCCUCGUCUAAGAUAUGGCGAAAAAACCCAAGGCGCCGUAGUGGAAAAAUAUAUCUUAAGCAGAAACAACUGUUACUGCUUGGACGAUAAACCUCCAAAACCGACUUUGUUUAGACGACCAAAUACUUGUAUAAGUUAUGACGAUACUACACGCAAUAAAGGUAACUUAAAAAGAAAAUCCUUAUUGUGUAUUUGUGGCAAGAAAAAUACUGGUGCUGGUACUCAAAAAGUUUCCGAAACGUCUAAAUUAAAAGAAGAACAACAACCGUCUGAUAGCGCAGCUUUGCAGUUCACUAAACAGAGAGAAAAUUAUGAAGAUUAUAGAGAGAAAGAGGAUGACAAAUAUAGAAGAGAGCUAGACGAUUAUAGAAAGCAUGAAGUUUUCUUCCCUUCGUUAGACAAAAACCGUGAUGACUUUACUGAUGUUGAUACUAUAUUAGGUACUAAAAAAUAUGAUACCGAAACAUCUUUAACAAACAACGAUGAAUAUUUUACUUCGCAAAAAUUUAUGAAUGAGAGUUUUCCAAGAUAUGGCAAUCCGUCCAGAACAACUACAAAAUCUAGACCUGAAUCUCUAAAGUACGAAGCGUAUUCAGUACCAGAAUUCAGAAACGAAUAUUAUUUUGAAACGCACAAUUUUAACAACAUAGCUAAUAAUAGAAGUUCCCAAACCGACCAUACAUGCGUUCACCAGUUUAAACUGAAUGAAAGAUGGCUACCUGAUCCUCUAAAUAAAGAUAUAUUCGGCAGAAGUCGAUGCAAAAUAUGUGAUAGACCAAUGGAAGGAUCUUCUCUUAAUUUAAGUAAAAGUUACUUAUUUGAUGGGAAGAAACCUAGUGCAAGUAGAAUCAAAAAUUUUGCUGAAGCUUAUAAAUCUGGACUGGCACCAAGUACUAUAAAUUUAGGAAUGGGAAAAUCCAAAAUGGAGAUUUUAUUAAACGAUAAUGACUUUGAGAGAUUUACGCGAUUUGUAAGCAAAUCUCAGAGACUCGCAUAUUGUAACACUUUAGCAUUGAGGCAGCAAAGAAUCAGAACAUUUAGAAAAUAAUUGAAAUUUUCUUUUAUUAUAAAAGUAUUAUAUUUAUAUUUUUAUCUAUAUUUACUAUUCUCCAGGGUACUGAAGAAUUUUUAGUUUAUAUUUUUUCUGUGAACGUUGUACGAAUAGUAGUGUAUGCAAUCAAUCUAUGGAGCGUUACCUACCUCUCCCUACCCUGCAUAAAUCGAUUAGGUAAACAUUAUAUUUUUAAAAUUUUUAUUAGGCAAUAAAUUUUAAAAUUGACUUUUU